AUGCUUGAUCCAGUACUGAAAAUACCAUUCAGAGAGCCCAGCUGCACAGAAUAUGUCACACAGUAGCACUGCAUCACCUGCGCCCUCGCAGCCGAGGAGGCUGCCUGCACCCUUGCCUACCUCAUGACGUUGCACAAAGAGUUUGAGAUCUUCAAGCUUUUCUUCAGGGAGCUGUUCAUGCUCCAGAAUGUCUACUGUGUUCAUGUGGAUCAUUCAAGGAGCCAUUUCCCUUCCAGCAGGCAGCACAGCUUUCUCAGCACCUCCCUGGUUUACUGGGCAAAGAGGGUGAUCUAGGGCAGCACCUCCCACCUGUGGGCUGACCUCCACUGCCUGAGAGACCUGUUGGCCUUGGCUGUGCCCUGGUGUUACCUACUCAACACCUGUGGUCAGCACCUCUCCUUGAAGCACAACAGGGAGAUCAUCCAGCUGCUGAAGGGCCUUGGGGGCAAGGACAUCACACCCAGGGUGCUGCCACCUCCCCACGUCACCACCUGCACAAAAUAUGUGCACAGGGAGCAAUUUUACUCUUCCUUUUCUUUCGUGCUGUGGACAUUUGUGUGCAAAUGCUCUUUGACAAUCUGUUUUAGCUCUGUGUCCACGGCCAUCACCUGGCUCUUUGUGGGGUUCCUGCUGCAGGACCAGUGUGUUCUCCAUCUGCUAGCAUGGCCUGAGGACACCAACAGCCCUGAGGGGCACUUCUGGGUGAUGCCCUGCAGGAUCCCAGCAACUUACACCUUGCUCAAGUGGGAAAAUAAAGGUCACAAGAAGUAA